ACACACGCACACUUUGUGUCAGCAGCACCGAGAAAGCCACUCAGCCACAUUCCGGCGGAAAGCACCGGCACACAGCGGCGGCACAGCUCCGCACCGAGUCACCUUACACGGGCGAGGAGGCGAAGCUUAUCCCGCUUGUUUAGUCCCCCCACCCCCCAAACGUCGCUGCGAAGUUGUAAUCCCAUUUUGUUCGCUUUCUUCUUCUGAGAAGAACCCUAAGAGAAGAUUUAUGUACACUUUGUAAGGCCGCUAGCCUCAUCCCAUCCCCUCGCCUGCGCUGGUGCACCAUGGUGAUCAUGUCAGACCACAGCCGGGGGCCCCAGGGAAGGCCCCUGCAGGUGGGCUUCUACGAGAUCAUCCGCACGCUGGGAAAAGGCAACUUUGCCGUGGUGAAACUGGCAAAGCAUAAAGUCACAAAAACCCAGGUGGCCAUUAAGAUUAUUGACAAGACUCGAUUGAACCCGUCCAAUCUGGAGAAAAUCUACAGGGAAGUUCAGAUUAUGAAGCUGCUCAACCACCCUCACAUCAUCAAACUCUAUCAGGUCAUGGAGACCAAAGACAUGUUGUACAUCGUAACAGAAUAUGCGCAGAACGGGGAGAUGUUUGAUCACCUGACCUCAAACGGCCGCAUGAGCGAAGCCGAAGCACGGAAGAAAUUUUGGCAGAUUCUCACGGCGGUGGACUACUGCCACCGGCACCACAUCGUCCAUCGUGACCUCAAAACCGAGAACCUGCUGCUGGACGCCAACAUGAACAUCAAACUGGCCGACUUUGGAUUCGGUAACUUCUACAAUGGUGGGGAGCCCCUGUCGACAUGGUGUGGCAGCCCCCCGUACGCGGCCCCUGAAGUCUUUGAGGGCAAAGAGUACGAAGGACCUCAAUUGGACAUUUGGAGCCUGGGUGUGGUGCUUUACGUGCUCGUAUGUGGCUCCCUUCCCUUCGACGGUCCCAGCCUUCCUGCGCUCAAGCAAAGAGUCACUGAGGGGCGCUUCAGAAUCCCCUUCUUCAUGUCGCAAGACUGUGAAAACCUCAUCCGCAAAAUGUUGGUGGUGGACCCUGCAAAGAGGAUCAGCGUGGCCCAGAUCAAGCAGCACCGCUGGAUGCUGGCGGACCCCGUGGCGGCCCACCAGACCCUGAGCCACUCCCUGACCGAUUACAACUCUUACCUAGGGGACUACAGUGAACCCGUGCUGGGCAUCAUGAACACCCUGGGGAUCGACCGCCAGAGGACAAUUGAGUCUUUGCAGAGCAGCAGCUACAAUCACUUUUCUGCCAUCUACUACCUGCUUCUGGAGAGGGUUAAAGAGCAUCGCAACCAGCAGCUGAGCCGUCAGUGCGGAAGCUGGAACCAAAGGCAGAGGAGCAUCUCGGACACCACCGGAGCAGAGCAAGUCAUCAUGAAGGCGGACAGCUUCAGAACGGCGCCAUUCUCCAUUCCGACCAAAAACUUUCCUCCGGUCUACUCGGAGAUGGAGUGCGAUCAAGGUGGACUGUUUCAGCGGGUGGUCUUCCCGGUGGAGGCCAGCUUCAACAGGCUGCUGUGGAACCGCUCCAUUUCGCCCAACAGCCUGCUGGAGACCAGCAUCAGCGAGGAGGUGCGGCCCCGCGACCUGGAGGAAGAGGAGGCGGCGCAAAGCUUGGGGCCGCCGCUGCCCCCUGCCACCACCUCACGCCGGCACACUCUGGCCGAAGUGUCCGCGCGGUUUCACCAGUGCAACCCUCCAUGUAUUGUUGUCAGCCCCUCCGACGGCGCCUCUUCCGACAGCUGCCUCAAGUCGUCCUCCAGUCCCACCGCCGCUCUGCAGGCUCCUAUGGGUGGCGACGUGUCAACACCUGCGCCCUGCGGUGCUAAAGAGGGGGCGCUCCUGCCUGCUGGCGCCCCCCUGGCGCUCUCCUCUCACCUCCUGCCCCAGAUCCAGGGGAGCCUUCCUGCAGCCAGCUUCCAGGAGGGUCGCAGGGCCUCUGACACCUCCCUGACACAAGGCCUCAAAGCUUUCCGGCAGCAGCUGAGGAAAAACACUCGGACCAAAGGGAUCCUAGGAUUGAACAAGAUCAAGGGUUUGACGAGGCCGGUCGCGUCGCCCCCGGCCUCCAACCGGGGCAGCCGCGGCUCCCUGGGCCCCGCCCUCUCCGAGCACCGCAGCAUGCUGGAGGAGGUCCUGCACCAGCAACGGAUGCUCCAAAUCCAGCACCAGCCGCACCAACCUCCGGUCCAGAAGGCUCCGACAGGACCCACCCAGAAUCCUUUGCUCUUUCUGUCCCAGCAGCAGUCGCCCUCUCCUCCGCCUACUUCAGUAUUUGCCGCCUCUCCUUUAUUCGAGGCGCCGUCCCGCCUUCAGAACACGCCUCAGCACCCCCUGGCGCCUCCUCAGCCGCUGGGCCUGGCUCACGGCCUCUGGCAGCACGGCCUGGAGACCGCCUCCAACUCUUUGUCUCCUGUGGCCUCCGCCGCUUACCUCCUGGAGGCCCGUCUGCACAUCAGCCCGCACGCACAACACCAUCACCACCACCACCUCCACUACCGCACGGGCCUGCAGCAACAGCUGGGCGCCGCGCACUUCGCCAGCGAAGCCGCCGCCUGGGCCGCGGGCUCAGCGUCCGGCGCCGAGCCCGACAUGCAGGAGCUGGUUCUGACGGGUCAGACGCUGCUGAGCAGCUGCGUGAUGGUCAAGUAGAAAGACUGACGCGAAAGAAGAAUGAAGCGAAGUACAAAGUGCGUAGGCUUUAGUUAUCAUAUAAGCUAAAAGAGCAAUAACCAAACUGCACAAGGUGACACGAGAAGCAAUAGUAGACAGUUUCCAUGCUGUACGAAAACAGGAAGACACGCGACCUGAGCGUGGACCAAAACGUUUCACUUCUUCAUAAUACGCGUCCCACUUGGUUGGCCUUUUUUCUCCCCAGAGACACUCUUAGCAUUUAAUAUUCUGGAUGAAACUGUGAUUUUCUUUAAUAGCUUUGUGGGAGCAGUUUUGGUGAAGCCCCCUUUUUCUCAUCACCCAGUGCACAAAUCAAAAGGUCCAUUGCUAUGAAAGAACCUGAUUUCUUUCAUUUUUGACUUCCUCUUCCGAUACUUGUAUCCCUUUGUUAGAAAAAAAGUUAGCAAUAAUACGGCACUGAGGCAAAAUGGAGGAAAAACAACAUAGGAGGUUAUUCUGCUCAACUGGGAUGGAGGCAGGAGUUCAGAACACUCCGAAAGAGAUGAAGACCAUCUCAUUCAGGAAAUGUCAGCCCAUCCCGAGACUGCGGGAACAGUGCAAUAGCGUCACGGGACAUAGGAUGGUAACAAAUGCACAGGUACGAGUCAUGUAACAUAGUUAGUCAAGACUUGACGUUAAGUUUUUUUUUUUUUUGCUACCAAAGAGCCGACUAGAAUCAGCGAUAUACACACUACUGAGUUGUCCACAUGUAGCAUGUUGCUCAGCCAAACUGAAGUAAGCUCGGGCUGCCACCAAAUCCUAAUGCUGCUUGUUGUAAUAUCUUCUGCUGGUACUGUCAAAAUCUAGCAAUAUACUGUAUGCUGUACCCAGCAACAAUGUGUAGAAGUGUGUGAAUCAUUAUUUCAAACAAACAAACAAAGACAAAAAAAAGUUGCGUAACAUCCUUUUCGUAAGUGUUUAAUUUCCACUUCCAUGUUGGAAAAACAUUGCAGUGUUGACGUCGCGGGUUGUUUUGCACUCACUACCAACACGUGUGCCUUUUUAUAUGAACAAACGUGCAAUGUUUCAGCUCCUCUUUGACUUUGCUGUGUAAGCAACAGCAGGAUUGCACAUUUUUCCUAUUGCUGAAAAUGGCUUCAAGUUUUAUUUGUUUUGUGCAAAAAGAAUGGUCCUGAGCGACUCAAAACACGAAGAACUCUUGAUGCAACGUGAUGGUCCUGAGCGACUCAAACACUAAGAACUCUUUUUCUCAACCGGUUUUUUUUUUUUUUUAUAAAAAUUUUGGAUAUAAAGAAGUAUUUUAUGUUUGUUUGUCUUCCUGAUUUGUUACUUGACCGAGCGUGUACUUGUGUGUGUGCGUGCGUGCGUGUGUGUUGAAGGAUGUGAGAAUGAGGAAAGAUUUGUUUAUUUAUGUGGCUAUUUAUUUGAAUAAAGUUCACUUCCUAAAUGG